AUGAAGCAUACCGCAGCCAACAUGGCCGACAACGACGAUCGAUCAGUGCAGCUUCGAGUCGUUGUGAUCACUUUCAUCCCAGUGGUCUUGUUGACCCUGAUACUGCGAGCCUACAUGCGCGGAAGGGUUAUGAAAGCACUCGGCUGGGAUGAUGGACUUAUGAUCCUGGCAUUUGGAUUCUACAUCCUGCACGUAGCGUGCGUCAUCGGAGGCAGCUACUACGGCCUUGGCCGCAGAAUCGGAUUCGGCACCAACUUCGAGAGAAUAGCUGUCGCGGUCAAGUACAUGUGGAUCGCCCAGCUUGGCUACGGGGUUGCGACAGUCAUCUGCAAGAUCUCGGUCUGCAUGUUCUUGAUGCGACUUACGGUCAAGCCAUCCCAGAUCCGACUGCUCUGGAUGCUACUCGGAUACACUGUCAUACAAGGCUUGUAUGUUAUCAUCGCAGACCUCGUGCGGUGCCAGCCGAUCUCGUACACCUGGAACCAAAUGACCAUGGACCCGCGUUUCACAGGAACCUGCAUCACCGACACGCAAAACAAGAUCAUAGCCUACGUGGCGACGGGGAACUUGCUCAUCAUCGAUAUCAGCCUGGGAAUCAUCCUACCAGUCAUGAUAGUCUGGGGUCUUCAGAUGCCCAAAGCAACCAAGAUCGCGGUGCUGAGCAUCUUGUGCCUAACCGUCUCGGCCACGGUCGCUAUCAUCGUCCGCAUACCAUACAUGGAUGGAUACGCCGAGUCCGAUGCCCUAUACGCCGCCGUCGACAUGCUCACCUGGGCCUACAUCGAGCUCAGCCUCGGCAUAAUCGCCGGCAACCUGGCCACCCUCGGCCCUCUCUUCCGCACCUGGUUCGGCCUCGCCUCCAGCCGCGGCAACUCCGCCUCGACAACCACGCCGAAACCGAAACGCUCGUUCCGACGCCCUCGCGGUAUCCAUGAUCUGUCCUUUGCCCUGUCGACGCUCGACGGGACCGUGCGCAGCGCGUACGGUCCGGAUACCCUUAAGACUGCCACUACGGUCUCGCAGGUCGAUACGCAGUCGCACUCCGCGUCAUCGCGCGAUGCAAAUAAUAGCCGGGAACAACUGACGUCGACUCAUCGCCGCGCGUCGGCUGCGUCGAAUGAGGCGUUUAUCCUUGGUCCGGGGAUCUAUUGCGAGAGGGAGGUGCGCGCAUCGGAUGUGGAGUCUGCGGUUACGGUCGUGGAGGAGCGUGUUUAG